CAUAUUUGGAGUUGGUGGGCAGACCCAAGUCAUGAUGCAAGCUUGCAGUAGCAAGUGUGCAAUGAAGCACACCCAGAUUAUGUGAAUGGAAGGUGACCGGGAGCCUCUCCAGAGCAGCCCUUCCUCCGCACGAGGGCUGAAAGCUCCAGGGGAAAGAAGACACAGCUCCUCCAGCAAGCCUUCUUGGGCCGCUCCUCCCACGUCAGUAUUUCCCUUCUUCCCUUCUCUGUCCAAAAGCAAAGGAGGCAGCGGAAGUGGAAGCAGCCGUUCUUCCAGUGGAGGUGCUGGAGGCGCAUCCUCAUUAAGUUCCAAGUUGCUGAAAUCACCCAAAGAGAAACUGCACCUCAGGGGGAACACCAGGCCCAUGCAGCCCAUUCAACAAAGUAGAGUCCCCCAUGGUAGAAUCAUGACGCCUUCUGUCAAAGUGGAGAAGAUGCACCCGAAGAUGGACGGCACACUACUGAAAUCUGCGGUGGGGCCCGCCUGUCCUGCUACUGUGAGUUCCUCAGCGAAGCCUGGCCUUAACUGCCCCUCAAUACCAAAGCCACCCUUGCCUUCACCUGGACAGAUUCUGAAUGGCAAAGGGCUUCCCGCACCAUCCACUCUGGAAAAAAAGUCUGAAGAUAAUUCCAAUAACAGGAAAUUUUUAAAUAAGAGAUUAUCAGAAAGAGAGUUUGAUCCUGACAUACACUGUGGGGUCAUCGAUCUCGACACCAAGAAGCCCUGCACCCGGUCUUUGACAUGCAAGACACAUUCCUUAACUCAGCGGAGGGCUGUCCAGGGUAGAAGAAAACGAUUUGAUGUGUUAUUAGCCGAGCACAAAAACAAAACCAGGGAAAAGGAAUCGAUUCGCCAUCCGGACUCUCAGCAACCAACGCAGCCUCUCAGGGACCCGCAUCCCGCCCCUCCUAGACCUUCACAGGAACCACACCAAAACUCUCAUGGAGUGAUUCCUCCUGAAUCAAAGCCUUUCGUAGCUAGUAAACCUAAACCUCACACCCCCAGUCUUCCAAGGCCUCCAGGCUGCCCUGCACAGCAAGGUGGGAGUGCCCCCGUCGACCCUCCUCCAGUCCAUGAAUCUCCACACCCUCCCCUGCCUGCCACUGAGCCAGCUUCUCGGUUAUCCAGUGAGGAGGGAGAAGGCGAUGACAAAGAAGAGUCUGUUGAAAAACUGGACUGUCAUUAUUCAGGUCAUCAUCCUCAGCCAGCAUCUUUUUGCACAUUCGGGAGCCGGCAGAUUGGAAGAGGCUAUUACGUGUUUGACUCGAGGUGGAACCGGGUUCGCUGCGCCCUCAACCUCAUGGUGGAGAAGCAUCUGAACGCGCAGCUGUGGAAGAAGAUCCCGCCAGUGCCCAGCACCACAGCACCCGCCUCCACACGCGUUCCUCACCGGCCAAACGCGGUGCCCACGUCGCAGUGCGGGGUCAGCUACCUGACGGCAGCCACCGUGUCUACGUCCCCAGUCCUGCUCUCGUCCACCUGCAUCUCCCCAAACGGCAAAUCGGUACCAGCUCAUGGAACCACACUAAAUGCACAGCCCGCCGCCUCCGGGGCACUGGACCCUGUGUGCAGUAUGCAAUCCAGACAAGUGUCCUCUUCGUCCUCGUCCCCCUCCACCCCCUCGGGCCUGUCCUCCGUGCCCUCCUCCCCGAUGUCCAGGAAACCUCAGAAGCUGAAAUCCAGCAAGUCUUUAAGGCCCAAGGAGCCUUCUGGUAACAGCACUAACUGUCACAACGCCAGUAGCAGUACCAGUGGCGGCUCAGGAAAGAAACGCAAAAAUAGCUCCCCACUGUUAGUUCACUCUUCCUCCUCCUCCUCCUCCUCUUCCUCUUCUUCUCAUUCCAUGGAGACUUUUAGGAAGAACUGUAUGGCGCACUCGGGGCCUCCCUACCCCUCAGCGGUAGCGUCUUCCCACGGCAUCGGCCUCAACUGCGUGGUUACUAAGGCGAACUCGGUGAGCGUCCGGCACGAGCAGUCAGGGAGGGGCCCCCCCGGGGGGAGCCCCGCUGAGUCCAUCAAGAGGAUGAGUGUGAUGGUGAACAGCGGCGACUCCACGCUGUCUCUGGGCCCGUUCAUUCACCAGUCCAGCGAGCUGCCCGUCAACUCCCACGGCGGCUACUCACACUCUCACACUCCUCUGGACAGACUCAUAGGGAAGAAAAGAAAGUGCUCGCCCGGCGCAGGCAAUGUCAACAACAGCAGCAGCAAGCCCACAAAGGUCGCCAAACUGCCAGCCAUGAACAACGUGCACAUGAAACACGCGGGCGCCGGCCCGGGGGCACAAGGCCUGACGAACAGUUCCCUCCUCCAUCAGCCAAAGGCACGUCCCUGACAGCUGAAAAUAGCGCGGGGAGGAAUAAUCUGGACACUUUUGACGACAAGUUACACCUCCACUCAGCACUAUGGACUCCACGAUGCCUUUGAGUCUGUUUUCCCAACCUCCUGUGGGCCUCGAGGGUAGAAAUCUGCCGGGCUGUUGUUGUAACGAGGAUUUCCCUGAAGCUAUGUCAGUAGCAGUGAGUACUCAUAAAGGACACUGGAUCAAGUUCAGCCACCGAAAUUGCUUUUAUCAGUGUUAAAGUGGUCUGGACUGCUUGCUACGAAUCUGUGAGAAGUUUUUGCUUUGUUUUUUUAACUUGCAGCAAAUCAUGGAGCCACUCGAGUAGAUUGGCCGGGGCCGGGGGAGAAUGUCAUGGCAAGAGCAUUAGUGUAGACUUUCCUCCCUCCCUCCUCUCCCGUCCCAGGUCCUCUUCUUACACUGUCUUCUGUAGGUCACUCUCCAGCAGUUAGGCGUGCCCGCUGGAGGCGCCUUCCGGGGAAGGGCAGAGCUGCCCCCCGCGGCCCCCGGAGAAGGGCUCUGUUGUCCGGUUCUUAGAGCCACGUUCCAGGAAUGGAAUACGGACAUUCAGUUGCGAGGCGCCAGGACACAAUAGCCUGUAUUUCCCCCCAGCCUUUUGCAGGUGAUUUGCGAUAAGAAGCUGUUAAAAGUUUCUAACUUACAAACUGGUUUAAAGCCAUUGACGCCCAGAGAGCAAGUAUACAACAUUUUAGAGGCUUACUUUUCAUGGUACAAAAGCAAUCCUAUGUUUAAUUUUUUUUUUUUAAAGAAAAUGCAAAUGCAAACUAGUUUUGAUAAUGGAAAGCCAAAUUUUGGUUGGGGGAAGGGAGGGGUGGAUGAAUUCACUAUGGGGGGAAUGUUUUUCCAAGAUUUCCAAAGAGAUGGAAUUUUUUAUCCUUCAAGUUUUCGUGUUAAACAGCACGGCAGAUUGGGCUGGCUGUCGUGCCUGGUCUCCUGUUUUUUAAAAAAAAAAAUUGCCUUUGUAAGUGAAAUAAUUAGGAUGCAGCAGAAACCGUCAUUCACUAAGUCAUUAAUCUACUUAAAUGUUUCCAGGACACUCUGUGCUUUUCCCUCGGUCUCUGUGGAUACUGUCCUGGGACUCAGUGUGAGUUCCUGUGUCGAGCGUCGAGCGCUCCCCGUACUGUGUGUGUGUCUGCACUGCCCGUGCUCGCCACGUGUUCAUUGGGAUGCCCGUGGGUGGGGGGCCGGCGCCCAGCGAGGGGAGCAGGCAGAUGUGUACGCGUGCCCGUGCACAGAUGCUGUGACGCGUCACCGUGUCUCCCCAACAAGCCCUCGGUGCUGGGAGGGGAUUACCACCCGCCAUCUUCCUGAGAGAGCUCUGGAGGCUCUCGGGGUUGGUUAUUCAUUUAGUUUUGUGGAACACCCCAUCCCAAAAGUCAGAGCUUAAUAUGUUGAAAUGUCAUUGCUUGAUAAGGUGUCCGUGAAUUUGGGGGAUGAGCUGGGGCAUUUUAACUGGUGAUUCCACUCUCACAGCACCUGAAAGCAGAGCCCAGGCGCUUGCACUGCAGAAGAACACGCAGAGUUGCCGGACACCAGCGGGUAGAUUUCCCCCGGGCUCGGAUCACUGUUCUGGGUGGGGCCUGGGCAGAGCCAAGCAGUGCAUCCUUUUUUUCCCCCCUAUAGAUCUUGGGUUACAAACUUCAGUUUCAGGGAAUUUCAAGUCAACAGCAAGUAGAAUGAAUAAAUACUUGGUUACCAGCCUAAUAAUGUGAAUUGCUACAGAAUUUCUCUUAGUAUGUAAGACAACAAAACUUUAUGCAGAUACUUUAGCUAUAAAUUGAUGUAAAAUAUUGAUUUUUUUUAAAAGGAAGGGGAGAAGAGUAUCUUGUUCACUUAUUAUGCAAUCAGUAAAUAUUUUAAAAAAUGAUACUAUAGGAGAGCUUAUUAAAGAGAGCGCACGGAUGGGCCAGUUCGGUGCAGUUAGGAGAAAUCAGUAUGGUUGCUCCAUCCCAGCGGAGGGAGAGAAUGGAAGUAAAAGGGAAUCAGAAUGGACUUAGUUGAUUCCUUGGUGACAAGUGCAAUGGGGUAUGGGUAGAAUUUAUUUUCAGAGCCAAGGGGACUUGAUGGAUAUAAAUAAAGUUGCUUCUAGCAAUGGAAUUUAUAGACAGAUCACGUUCCGAAAGAUGUGAAUAGGACCCAUGAUAGCAAGUUGAUUCAGAAUUAUGUAGAUACUUAGAUAAGGGAGUGUUGAUCAUUUGAUUUCUUAGACUGAGGUUUUAAUUGAAUAUCAUUAUGUCUCCCGGUAGUACACAGAUGAUCGGGAUUAGGAAAUUAGCCAUUUUGGAUUCUGCCUGCCACAAACAGACCUAUUCUAAACAGUGCUAUUAAAUUUUAGACUGUUCAAAUAUUUUAUUUUCUCCUACAACUACUUUUUAUUAUAACGAACAAUUAAGACCAUUUAAAACACGGGAGUACAAGUAUUUUUUUGAAUUAAAUUAACUUGCAAAAACCAAAUUUGCAGUGGUUGGGUUGUUUCUAGACAGACUUUGGUAUCAAUUUAAAACCAAGAUAAUUUUUAUAUUCUUUCCAAUAGAAUUUCGUGACAACUCCUGCAGUUUUCUUAACCUACAAAAAAAAAAAAUGUGCUGCAAUGAUGAACAAAGAAUUCUACAAAACCUACUUUUGUAUCUUUAUUUUGGAAUUUCUUGUUCUAUUAUAAAUAUGGAAGUAUCCCUAUUUCAGAAGACAUAUUUUGUUAAGAAUGAAUUGUACAUAUUUAAAUAUGUAUUUUUGCACAGGUCUUUUUUUCUGAUAUCCUGUUUUGGUACAAUUGAGAUCAUCUAGUAUUUAUUUAUUAAUUAAUAAAAGUAAAUACCUUUUUAUAAUUUGAAGUGGUUCACUGCCAAGCCAAUAGUUCUAGAACCUGCUUCCUUUACAGUUUAAGGGUUGCCUCUGUUCUGUGAAAGUCUUUGUGUCCCUUUCCGUGUCCCGGGAGUGGAUUCGUUCGGAGCGGGCAUUGCUUCUCUCUAGCUGCCUGAUUUCCCGAUAGACUACAUGUAACCAAGUGACACACUGCUUCUCUUCUGUUGGUGUUUUGCGUGUGAACGUGUGCGCGCGUGCCUGUGCGUGUGUCUGUGUAACUCUGAGCACAUGUGUGUUAGUAUGUGAUGUGGUUUCAAACUAAUGGAAAAAGUGCCUGAACCUAGUUUUAAGCUUCGACAGAUUCUUUAAAAAGACUUGAAUGUUCAGUUGAAACUUUUGGAGUUUGCUUUUUCCACCUAAAUAUUGUUUCUAAAAUUUUAGGGGAGGGGUUGAAGAACCACCCAUGCUGGUAAUUUUAUAAGGUGUUUUAACAUUAAGGCCUUUUGGUUCACAGUAACUCACCUGGGGACGGAGUGCCCGGUGGCACCAAGGGUUACCGGUCUUUAUGGUCAGCCAGCAGCGUACACAGUAUGUCCGUUUCGUUCUCCGCUCAUGAAAUACAGAGUUUAGAAGAGAAUAUUUAAACUAUUUUAUAUUCCAAAAAUAUAAUACAAAGUACCUCUGAGAACAUUGAAAAAUGUAUAAUUUGAGAAAUGUAACUUAUAAAGGCAGCUGUCUUCCUGCGAGAGUUCUGUUGCCAAGGAAUUUCUCACUGUCUCCUUAUGUCCGGGGCGGGGACGGGGUGGGGGGUGGGGGGCUCUGGAAAUGAUUGUGAAAUGUUUCAUUGUUUAACAGAAAAUAAUCAUUUUUACAUUUUGUGCAAAAACAUUUUACAUUUUCAGAUCAUUUAAAUGAGCACUACAUACUGUCGGUGUGAAUGUAGGGCCUUGAAAAGCAUUUUGCCGUUUGUUUUUCUUUUUUUUUUUUUUUUGAGCUUGGUUAUAAAAAGCAAUCUCCUGUGUUGAAAUGUGUGAAUAGUGUGAUAAUUUGUACA